GCAGAAACAAACCCUAAAAUUUUCAUAUUUGCAUCCAAAGGUUCAUUAAAAAACACCAACUUUGUGCUUGCGAAGGAUCAUGUCAAAUUGAAAGAGUGUUUUUGGAAGUUGAACAAAAAAAACCUCUAGGGGUCUUUUUGUUUAUAGUUUUAGGAUCUUUGUUGAUUGAUUCUUGUUGAGGUUAGUAACUAAAGUAGUUGGUAAAGAUGAUGUCGAGGUCGUAUACCAAUCUUUUAGAUCUAGCGUCCGGUAAUUUCCCGGUGAUGGGUCAGCCUCGUGAAAAGAAGCGGCUGCCGCGGGUAAUGACUGUUCCCGGGGUUAUUUCGGAGCUCGAUGAUGAUCAGGCUAAUAGUGUUACCUCAGAUGCACCGUCGUCGGCUAUUCAAGAUAGAAUUAUUAUUGUAGCUAAUCAACUCCCGGUUAAAGCUAAGCGCAGGCCGGAUAAUAAAGGGUGGAGUUUUAGUUGGGAUGACGAUUCGUUGUUGUUACAGUUGAAAGAUGGUUUGCCCGAAGAAAUGGAGGUUUUGUAUGUUGGUUCUUUGAAGGUCGAUGUCGAUCCCAUUGAACAAGAUGAUGUUUCACAGGUUUUGUUGGAUAAAUUCAGGUGUGUCCCGGCUUUUCUGCCGUCGGACAUUUUGACAAAGUUCUAUCAUGGUUUCUGCAAGCAGCAUUUGUGGCAGCUUUUCCAUUACAUGCUUCCGUUUUCUGCCAAUCACGGAGGCAGGUUUGAUAGGUCUUUAUGGGAGGCGUAUGUUGCUGCGAAUAAGAUCUUCUCUCAAAGGGUGAUCGAGGUUAUAAACCCUGAAGAUGAUUAUGUUUGGAUACAUGAUUAUCAUUUGAUGGUGCUGCCGACAUUCUUGAGAAGAAGGUUUAAUAGAUUGAGAAUGGGAUUUUUUCUACAUAGUCCGUUCCCUUCGUCCGAGAUAUAUAGGACCUUACCUGUAAGGGAAGAGAUACUGAAGGCACUAUUGAAUUCUGACCUCAUUGGUUUUCAUACUUUUGAUUAUGCUCGGCAUUUUCUGUCUUGUUGUAGUCGAAUGUUGGGCUUGGAGUAUCAAUCGAAGAGGGGUUAUAUCGGGUUGGAGUACUAUGGAAGGACGAUUGGGAUAAAGAUCAUGCCUGUUGGGAUCCACAUGGGGCAGAUUAGGUCUGUAUUGAGUCUUGCGGAUAAGGAGUGGAGAGUAGCGGAACUUAAACAACAGUUUGAAGGAAAGACCGUAUUGCUCGGAGUUGAUGACAUGGAUGUCUUUAAGGGUAUCAACUUGAAGCUGUUGGCCAUGGAGCAGAUGCUGAAACAGCACCCGAAAUGGCAAGGAAGAGCAGUUCUGGUACAGAUUACAAACCCUGCUAGGGGUAGAGGGAAAGAUCUAGAGGAGAUACAGGAUGAAAUUGAGGAGAGCUGCAAGAGAAUAAGCGAUACUUUUGGUCAGCCUGGUUAUGAACCGAUUGUCUUAAUUGAUAGACCAGUAUCCCUUUGUGAAAGGUUUGCAUAUUACACUAUAGCCGAGUGUGUUGUAGUCACUGCUGUGAGGGAUGGAAUGAAUCUUACUCCUUACGAAUACAUUGUGUGCCGGCAGGGAGUGCCUGAAUCAGAAUCUUCCACUGAAUCAAAUGGACCAAUGAAGAGCAUGCUAAUUGUAUCGGAGUUCAUUGGCUGCUCUCCCUCGCUCAGUGGUGCAAUUCGGUUAAAUCCUUGGAACAUCGAAUCAACUGCCGAGGCCAUGAACGAGGCAAUCUCCAUGGCUGAUGGUGAGAAGCAGUUGUGCCAUGAGAAGCAUUAUAGGUAUGUUAGCUCACAUGAUGUAGCAUUCUGGUCACGAAGCUUCUUCCAAGAUAUGGAAAGGACAUGUAAAGAUCAUUUCAGAAAACGUUGUUGGGGGAUCGGUUUGAGCUUUGGAUUCAGAGUGGUAGCCCUCGAUCCCAACUUCAGAAAGUUGUCUAUUGAUCACAUUGUAUCUGUGUAUCUAAGGUCCAAAAACAGGGCUAUACUAUUGGACUAUGAUGGAACGGUUAUGCCCCAAACGUCACAUAACAAGACGCCAAGUGCAGAGGUUAUCUCGAUAGUAAAUGCGCUCUCUAAUGAUACCAGGAAUACAGUCUUUGUUGUAAGUGGAAGAGGAAGAGAAAGUUUAAGCAAGUGGUUUUCUCCGUGUAAGAAACUGGGAAUUGCAGCUGAACAUGGUUAUUUCAUGAGGUGGUCUGCUAAUGACAACUGGGAAAUUUGUGGGCAGAAUAGUGAAUUCGGGUGGAAGCAAAUAGCCGAGCCUGUUAUGAAAUUGUAUACAGAGGCCACUGAUGGCUCCAAUAUUGAAACGAAAGAGAGUGCCUUGGUCUGGCACCAUCGAGACGCUGACCUGGGUUUUGGAUCUGGUCAGGCGAAGGAGAUGUUAGACCAUCUCGAGAGUGUAUUAGCAAAUGAACCUGUGUCUGUGAAAAGUGGCCAGUUUAUUGUUGAAGUAAAACCACAGGGAGUAAGUAAAGGUGUGGUAGCCGAGAAGAUCUUCGCAACCAUGACCGAGAGGGGAAAGCAGGCUGAUUUUGUUCUCUGCAUAGGCGACGACAGAUCCGAUGAGGAGAUGUUUGAGAUCAUCAAUAGUGCCAUUUCCGGCGGUGUUCUCUCCCCAAAUACAUCUGUUUUUGCCUGCACGGUUGGCCAGAAACCUAGCAAAGCCAAGUAUUACUUGGAUGACCCGGCGGAGGUCAUAAACAUGCUUGAAGCUUUGGCAGAAGCUUCAGACCCUGAUUCUUUUUGAAACAUACUCUAUCACUUCAACAUCGAAUUCAGGGCCUGUUAUCCGUUUUGGCCAGUCAGGAAGAAUGCCAUGGUUGGCCUAUUGAAAACAACAUUCUGUGUGUGACCAACUGUCGUCCAGGCAUCGAUGAGGAGGAAUUCCAUGGGUUGAUUCAUGGAGACAAGACAGGGAACUGAAAGAAAAAAAAAACCAUGGAAAAACUGCUUACCAUCACAUGCAUGAACUUUGUUACUAAAUAUAUCCUUUGUGCAGUGACUAACAUGAGGGUAACAUAGAGGAUGUGUGUAUUGAAUUGCAGUACAACCAGAGAAGUAUAUCAUUUAUUUCACCCAACAUAUAUAUAUCUAAGUUUUUCUUUCUGGUAUAGCAAGUUUGCCUCAGCUGGUUGAAAAUGUCAUCCUGUUGAAUGAUCAUAUCCAAAUGUCAAAUUUAUAAAUAUUUCACGAGUGUGUUUCUUUUUCUA